AUGUAUGUGGAUAGGUUUUUGAAAGUUAUAUCAUUUGAUUAUCAACAGUAUGAAGUCAUACUUGGGUAUGAUGCAUAUGUUGUGGACAUUGGUAGCAUGACAUGUGCCUACAGAACUUGGCAGUUAACGUGUUACCAUUGUGUGCAUAGGUAUGCUUGCAUUGCAAGCCUCAACAGGGAUGUAGAGGAGGAAAGUGGGCAUAAUAGAACAACGUGUCCUCAAAAACCAAUUGAGGAAUCAUUAAAUGCAAGUUCAAAGAACAAGAAACCUAAGAAAGCUAGUGAAGUGAAGGUUGCAUUGGCACAUGGAGUUGAUAUAGAAAGUGACAGUGAAGAUGAAAUGGAGUCUGAAAGUGAAGUGAAGUCUUUUAAUGUUGAAUUUGAAGUUGAUGUGCAAGAUGAAGUGCAACCUGAAGUUCAAGAUGAAGUGCAACAUGAAGUGCAACCUGAAGUUCAAGAUAAUGUGCAAGAUGAAGUGCAAGCUGAAGUACAACAUGAAGUUCAAACUCAAGUUCACCCUAAAGUUUACCCUGAAGUGCAAGAUGAAGUUCACUCUGAAGUUCAUCCAGAAGUGCAAGCUGAAGUUCACCCUGAAGUUCAACCUGAAGUGCAAGUUCAAGCUAAAGAUGAUAACCAAAUUGCAGUUCAAGAUCAAGUGGAAGUACCAACUUGUCAAGUUUUAGUGGGAUAG